UGUGCGAAAAAUCAAUGUGCCAAAAAGAGAGAAAAAUCCAAUUUGUUACUUACGACGUUGACAUUAACAAAUUAACUCCAAUCAAAUUUGGCUUUUUUCUCUUGGACAUACACAUAAAUCGGUUCAUUUCUCCGUUCUCUUCCUGUCUUCAAAAAAUUUACACGCAUUAGUUGUGUGUUUAAUCAGAGAAAUUUUGCUUCCAAUUUUGAUUUUAUACACAUAUAGUACAUAUACAAUAUGUCCACGUGUUAUCGCCGGGUGACAGCCGCCGCGACGACGGUGGCGAGUCAUCACAUUCCGCCUCGGCUCUCAGUAAUUCUGCAAAUGGACAACCGAUCGCGAAGCGGCGGAGUAGGAAGGCUAGGCGUUUUACGGUCAAGGCGAUGUGUGAUUGAGGCGGUGGAGUCCAUCGGAGGAAGAGGAAUAAGAUCGACAGGCGAGGAGGAGGUGAAGAGGAAAGUCCAGCCGCCAAAGUGUUGCGCGUGCAACCAUCAACAUCAGGAGGUUAUGGUGGAGGAGAAGAGUAAAGGCCGUGAUCGGAGGGUGGAGGUGAUGAUUGCGGCGACAGCGACGGUGGUGCUGGGAGUAGGAAAUCGGGUGCUUUACAAGCUUGCAUUAGUCCCACUCAAGCAUUAUCCAUUCUUUCUCGCUCAAUUCGCCACUUUCGGGUAUGUAAUUGUAUAUUUCUCCAUCUUGUAUCUCCGCUAUCAGGCAGGUAAAGUAACUGAUGAAAUGCUCUCUUUGCCGAAGUCUCCAUUAAUUGCCGUUGGUCUCUUCGAGGCUCUUGCUGCAGCAUCUGGAAUGGCAGCAGGAGCUAUUCUUUCUGGCGCAGCAAUUCCUAUUCUAUCUCAGAGCUUUCUUGUCUGGCAACUUAUCCUAUCUUCUAUCUUUCUUGGGAAGAGAUAUAGUUUUAACCAGUUGUUGGGAUGUUGUCUUGUGGCAGUUGGUGUUAUCAUAACCGUGGCAAGUGGAUCUGGAGCUGAUUCUCUGAUGGGAUCUGGUAUCUUUUGGAGUGUGUUGAUGAUUGUUUCUUUCUUGUUACAAGCUGCCGAUACAGUCUUGAAGGAGAUAAUAUUUUUGGAUGCUGCUCAAAGAUUAAAGGGAGGUUCAGUGGAUCUAUUUGUUGUGAACUCUUAUGGAUCUGCUUUCCAGGCAGUUUUCAUUUGCCUCCUGAUACCAUUCGUGUCAAAUUUAUGGGGUAUUCCAUUCAGUCAACUUCCAAAUUAUCUAAAAGAUGGUUCAGCCUGCUUUUUGAACAUAGGUACCAUGUCAAAGAGCUGUGAUGGUGCACCUUUACUGCCACUGCUCUUUAUCAUUGUCAACAUGGGUUUCAAUAUUUCAUUGCUGCAUCUGAUCAAGAUCUCUUCUGCUGUGGUAUCUUGUCUUGCAUCAACAUUUUCUGUGCCAGUAUCUGUAUAUUUAUUCACGUUGCCUCUCCCUUAUCUUGGGGUUGCAUCCUCCCUUCCACCUGGCUUUGUAGCAGGUGCCAUUGUCCUUGUUGUGGGUGUGUUUUUUUAUGCUUGGAGACCAUUGGAGAGUUCCAAACGAGACGCCUCUCUUGUGAGUUAGCUACAAACCGGAUAAUGUUUCUUGGACAUUUUUAUCAGCAUCAAUGCAUCGAAACACCGAAGGCAUGCACUUCUGGAGUUACUGCUCGGUUAUAGGAAUUUCAACAUAAAUAAGGACAAAAGGGUCCCAUUGGCAUUUGUUCAGACCUCCUGAACUGUCGUGAUGUUUCCUCUUCCGUUUGUUCCAUUUUAUAUCUGAUGCUCACUAUUCAGGAUAGUAAGAACUGAAGUCGGGUUCUUAAGCCGGUGUUAUCGACUGGAUUCAUGUUACUGUACUCUUGUUCUGAGAAUAUCGCUUAGUUUAUACAACAAAAGUGAGCAGAAUUCAAUUCAAUGGGUUCUUAUGCUCCCUGCUCGUGCUAGAAUAUUAGGAACUUGAUGCAAAAGGACCCUGUUGAGUCAUGAUUUCUGAUUUGAUUGCGAAGUUAAAUUUAAAUAA